UAAAACCUAGCCGCCGCAACCACCUCUCCCGUAGCCGCCUCCCGGCGCCCGGCGUCCGCACCCGGUCGCCAGCCUCCGAGCAGACCCCCGUCAACCUCGGCGACGCCACUUCAGUUCGUUUCUCCGGCGUCGCCACUUCGGGUCCCGUCCACUCUCCGGCGUCGCCUCCUCCAGAUCUGUUGUCUCCCCUCCACAUCUCCAAAUCCACGCCGGCGUCGAGAACAAAGACACUCGCUUUUUGCAGAGAUUUGAGUCUCCACCGGUCGAAGAUGAACAAGUGGCGGCGUUACUUGUAUCUCGUGGUGGACAAUGUGAACGGAACCUACCCUCUGCGCCGUAUAGACGCAUCAACUUUGUUCUACCCAAGAGAUGGAUGGAAAAGACCUCCUAGAUUGCAGGAAACUCCGUUGCCUCACCCCCACCUCCAUUUCACCCCUUCACGUAUCAAGGACGGCAAGGGGGCCCUGGAAUUCUUCGGUUUUUUUGGCCGCGGUCAGAAGAAGAGCCUUUUGGCCGCUGUCGACUACAAGGGAUUUUCCCAGACCUACGAUGCCGAGGACCGCACCAUCCAUGUCAUCGUCUCGCCUAAUGAGCCAAAGCACCACAACCCUGUCUCCCUCGCUGUUGGUGAAGCUCUCUAUGUCAUGGAUAGGAAGCCGGUCCCAGGUAGCUGCUGUGGCUUUGAGGCCCUCACAUUUGACAUGCCGAAGGAAGUGAUGGGCAAGUUGGGCUGGGACUGGUACUGGCACUGCCUCAAGGCACCACCUUUCGUGCUUGAGCCUGGCUACAACAACACAAGCAUCCAGGGUUACACGGUGGUUGGUGGCUUCAACAUCUGGAUAUCCACAAGGGGCAUUGGCACCUACUCAUUUGACACAGAUAAUGGCUCGUGGAGUAAGGCUGGCGACUGGGAGCUGCCCUUCCAUGGUCGUGCUGACUUCUUCCCAGAGCAUGGCAUAUGGCUUGGCUUCUCAUCUCAGGGGAAUCUGCUCUACUCGUCAGACCUCGGAGUCUCUAUGCAGUGUAAACCGGAGUUGGACAUGAUUUGGAAAGAUCCGAACCCACUGGAGGAGUGGAUUCCUCUCAAGUCACACCUUGUGCAUCUGGGGUCUGACAAGUUCUGCGUCGCCAGGAUGUUUGAAAGAGUAGAUAUGACUAUUCGUGGCAGCAUACCUCAUGUUGAGAGGUUUGCCGUCUUCACUGGGUUGGUGCUGCAACCUAGCAGGGAUGGCAAGGAGCCUGAGAUGGUGAAUCACAUUUCUCGAAUAUACAGGUUUCAUGGAAUCACCACCUGUUGGGUUUUCUGAGUUGAAUCAGUCAAACUGGAAGCAUGGAGCCCCCAAAUAGUGCAAAUUGCUAGCUUCUGACCUGUGACAACACCAAUGAGGAUGACACCAAUCUGCAGAGAUGGCUGCUGCUACCAAUUCUUGCCAACAAGGAUGGCUGACGCCAAAUAGCACUUGUUGCUUGGUUUAUUCUGAUUCCAUCGCUUUUGUAAUUUGCACUGUCUUACAUCUAUGCACUUAAUAUUGGUGAAUUGUGUGUUCUGUGCUAGUUUCUGUAGUCAGUUAUUUCGUUUCUUGUAUUUAAUUUAAUUUUUGUUGGUCA